CUCCUCCAACAUCUUUGGUGCUGCUGUAACAACUAACAUGGAAUUGUUUGUGCUGUCAUAUGGUUGUGAUAGACUAAAUUGAUUGUAAUUUUUAAGCGCGGGUCAGAGCCGCCCUUUCAGUUCAUAGUACUGUGACCACUGCAUCAGUUAUGCUACGAACUUGUGACUGUCAAACCCUCAUUUUUAAAAUUUGAAUUUUGUAGCACUUUACGUACACUACCAUGAAUGUGUUCAGGGAGACGGUUCGGUCUACCCUCAAAAGGAGCUUAAGCGAAUGGUCGUUCUCUCCCAGCACAUUAAGCCAACUUCCUCUCGAUGAAACGAGAGAAAACUAUAUCCGCCGGAAUAUACGAGGUGCGCUGUUUUCACAAGUGUUACCAACGCCAUUGGAAACAGAGGUGAAGUUAGUGGCAUAUUCGAGAGAUGUGCUGACUCAAAUUCUUGACAUGGACCCGGAAAUAACAGAGACCCAAGAUUUCGUCGAUUUCGUGGCUGGUAAUAAGAUUCUUGAUAGUUCAGUGACUCUUGCCCAUAGGUAUGGUGGCCAUCAGUUUGGCGUCUGGAACGGACAGCUUGGAGAUGGGAGAGUAAUUUUAUUGGGAGAAUAUAUUAACAGUCUAGGUCAGCGUUGGGAACUGCAGCUGAAAGGUGCAGGAAAAACACCAUAUUCACGCGACGACGAUGGACGAGCGGUGCUGCGUUCUUCCAUCAGAGAAUUCCUCUGCUCAGAAGCAAUGUUCUAUUUAGGUAUUCCAACAUGCAGAACAGCUGCAAUAGUUGCCAGCCAAGAUCUUGUGAUGAGAGACGAAUUUUACAAAGGCACACCUAAAGCAGAAAGGGCGGCAGUUGUGCUGAGGGUAGCUCCAUCAUGGUUUCGAUUUGGCUCAUUGGAGCUUCUAGCAAAGAAUGGUGAACUAACCACCCUUCGAAUACUUCUAGAGUACAUUGUUCAGGAACAUUUCACAAGACUGAAGGAUGCAAAGAAUAAAUAUGUGCUAUUGUUCAGUGAAAUCAUGCACAAAACUGUAGAUCUUGUAGUACAGUGGCAUGCAGUUGGAUUUGCACAUGGAGUACUGAAUACUGAUAACAUGAGUCUCCUCAGCAUCACCAUUGACUACGGCCCAUUUGGCUUUGUAGAGGCCUAUGACUCACAAUUUGUACCAAAUACAUCAGACAAAAACAAAAGAUACGCAUUUGAUAAGCAGCUUGAAAUUGUUGCAUGGAAUCUGGAAAAACUUGCAUGUGCUCUUUUUGCUAUAGUUACUGAAUAUGAAAGGAGGCAAAUUCUGGAUCUUCUGAAUCAACUGUCUGCAUAUGCAAACCACAGAGUCGGAUGUGUGUUUGCAAAAAAGUUGGGGUUAAGAAGAUAUGAUGAUUCUGACAAUGACUUACUGAUGCUGCUCUUGCAAAUGAUGGAAGAGACUGGAGCAGAUUUUACAAUGACAUUUAGGCAGUUUGGUGAGAUUGAGUUAGCAGACAUGACAGAUCCCGCCAAGCUUGCAAACUUGUGGUCCUUACAGAGAUUAUCUAGUCAUAAUGCAUAUGAACGCUUCGUGGAACUUUACAAAAGAAGAGUAAGCCUCGAUUAUGGACUGACAGAAGAUAUGAGGAGAGAUACAAUUAUGCGCACAAACCCUCGAUAUGUGCUGCGAAACUGGAUGGCUCAAGCUGCUAUUGAGAAGGCGGAGCAAGAUGAUUACAGUGAAGUGAGGGUAUUGCAUGAAAUACUGAAAAUGCCUUUCACCACUCAGGAAGCAGCAGAAAUAAGGAAUUAUGCUGAUCCCCCACCUCCUUCAUCAUACUACAUUAAAGUCAGCUGCUCCAGCUAAACCAGUGCUAAAAUUACUCUGAUAAAUGUUUUUGUAAAAGAAAGAUACUUUUACAGUUAUUUCACACCCUUUUGAAAAUAUAGCAUAAUAUUUUUUUUA